AGCUAGUCGACUUUGCCUUUGGUAAAGUAGCCGUUCUCAAACUCAUCUAGUACAAGCAUGGGUGGAAUUAGAAAGGUUUCCCGGCCCAACAAACACGAAGACUUUCGGCGUCGAUUGGAGCGCGCUUUAUCGCUGUCACCUUCCGAUUCUGACAGUAUACCGGGUUCUUCAUCAUCGGCAGAGGGUGACACUACCGAGAUCGAAUCUCUUGCGGAGAGCGACUGUCCUGGUCUCCAGCGUGAGACGGAUUUAUUUGGCAGCAUCUCGCAAGAUGCAGGAGAAUCUGUAAGCUCGGACAAUCGUAUCAUGAUCGCCUUCCAGUGUAUCUCCGAACUAGACACCCGAGUGAAGUCGAUCCAGAGCUCGCUGAGCACUCUUGCAGAUAAGACUGGAACCAUUUGCAGUGAUCUGGACGAUAUUGCUCAACGACUGGUAGCCGUGGAGGCAGCAACGAAGGCCAUAAAUUCGAAAACCCAGAGCACUACGGAAGAGAACAAUUGA